AUGUUGCCCUCAAAUCAAUCGGCGCUAUUUUCACUGUGCACAUCUAUCCUUCUAUUAUGUGUCUCUGGCGCUGGACUGGAUAGUUUCAUCAGCUCGGGAAUUGUGCCCGAUGUGAUCUCAUCUCCACCACAAUCCGUUCUCCAAGUCACUUACAAUAAUGGACUCACGGUAAACUUUGGAAACGAAUUGAGCCGACAACAAAUGAUGAAUCGGCCAAGUGUCUCUUGGAAUGCUGAUCCAAAUUCUUUAUAUACCUUGAUCUUUACCGACCCAGACGCUCCAUCAAGAGCAAAUCCCACGUCUCGAGAGUUCAAACAUUGGGUAGUUGUGAAUAUUCCUGGAAAUAAUGUGACUCAAGGACAAGAAGUGGCUGGAUAUCGACCAGCUGGGCCUGGACAAGGAUCUGGUCUCCAUCGCUACGUGUUUCUCAUUUACAAACAAAACAGAAAAAUCGAUGCGGGCUUCAAUACUCCAAGCAAAUCGACUGAUGCCCGACCCGGGUUCAAUACAAAUGGCUUUGCUCAACAAAAACAACUCACUCUUGUAGCAGGGAAUUAUUUUAUGUGUCAAUAUCAUCAAGGCGACGAAAAUCUUUUAGUUCUC